AUGCCGAAACGAAAACGUGCCACUCCUGUUUCUCCCGCGGAUCCAAUCCAACGGAAAAAAGAGGAGAUCCGAGAGCAUUUCACCCAAAGCCAAAAGCUUCUCCAUCGAGCUCUCAAGACCCCCAAAGGCUUUGCGCGACAGAAGCUCGGAAAACGGCUGCAAAAUGCGAAAGCCAAGGGAGUCGAAGGAUUGGAAGAUAGGAAGAGGAUCAAUCGGGAAAUCGAGGCAUUGAAAACGUUGGAAAUUGAGAAGAUAGCCGAAAAGUUCCUGUGCAAGACCAUUUGCAAGGUAAAGAAGAUGGCCGACGCCGUGUGCUUGCCAGAGGAAAUAAGAGAGAAGGCCGCGGGAAAGGACGGUCAAGGCGACGAACUCCCAGACGAGAUGAUCAAGGCGAGGAACAACGUCACGAGUGGCAUGUUGAAGACGCCGAGUGUGCAGGUUGUGAUGGGCGAGAUCAUGAAAGGAUUUUAUAUAGUUAUGGAAAUCCCAAUGCCAGAACAUCAGGCCAAGGGGGAGGGCAAGAGAGAUACGGUUCCGCCGACAAACACAAAAGCCGAACCUGCCGCAAAUCGAAAUGUCGGAGAGGAGAUGAAGACGGCAAGAACCAAGCACGACUCUAUUUCUGAAUCAGAUUUGAGAUCGUGGGAUGGCAUCAGCGAUGCUGCAGAAGAACCGCAACAGCCCAGACGCAGAAAAAGUAUAGAAAGCGAUCAAAAAUCAGAUUUGAACUUAGAUGCUCUAUCUAAAUUUGAGAAUCGUCUGGGGUCAUCGGAUUCAGAAUCUGAUUCAAAGCUAGAGGCAGAAUCUUCAAUCAAAAGGGCUAAACUAUCACCACACACAGAAGAUAGACCAUUGGACCUCUCUCUGUCACCCUCUCUAUCCCCGCAGCCUGAGCGCAAAUCAAAGUCAAAGCCUUUGAAAGCGAAACCUCCUACCAAGAAAACCACGUUUCUUCCAACAUUAUUCGGUGGCUAUUUCUCUGGCUCCGAAUCAGACGGCUCCGAUAUUGAGGAGCUUGAAAGUAUUGCGCCUGUAGCAAAGAAGAAUAGACCAGGCCAGAUGGCACGGAGGGCGAUCUGGGAAAAGAAGUUUGGUCAAGGAGCAAAUCACAUCAAAACUGGACAGGGUUCGGUAGCUGAAGUCACAGGUAGGGAUGACGGCUGGGAUGGGAAAAGGGGCGCCGAAGGCAAAGAUUCUGGCAGAGGAAGAGGCCGCGGACGAGGAGGGCGCAAAUUUGGCGCUGGUGCCGGGCGUGCAUCUGGGGCUACAGGCGAAAAUGUCGGGCCACUUGGAGAUGGGAAGAGAGGAUUGGGUAAAAAGGACGAUGCAGGUGUAUUACACGCGAGUUGGCAAGCGGCUAAGAAGGCAAAGGACAUGCAGAAAACGGCUAAGUUUGAGGGCAAGAAAGUCACAUUCGACUGA